GCCACAGAAGCAAAAGAAGUUGUUCCAGAGCUGCCACAUGACGACUUCUGCUGAGUGGUUUAUGCAGAGGUAAGCUUGUGUUAGAUUAGUGAAAUGGUCAGUUAUAAUGUGCACAUCACUGACAAGUAGGAUAAGUCCUCUGCCGACCAGAAGCCUAUGCAGACCAGCUCAAGACCAGCCCUUGCCUCAUGCUCUGCUUAUUUCCUGAAUGAUGCCACACAUUAAAUAUUGAAUGAUUGUUCUGUUAAAUGGGGGAAAGGGACACUCACGAUAUCUGCUACCUUCUGCUUCACUGGUCCUUAGGGAGGGGACAUAUUUCAAUAAUAGAUAGAGUGAAUGUCAUGGUCCAUCUGUACCUGUAAAUACUAAAUCAGAAGUAGUUCUCUGAAAGAGACAGCAGUUGGAUUUCAGCAUACGUGUCAAACAGCACAAAAAAAAAAUCCUUGUGGUCUUUUAUGGAAAUCCGUUGUUUCCUUUCUCGCCCCAUUGGGUUUGAGUCAUGCUUGAGUGCUCUUGUUUGUCUUCUAUUCCUUCUUUCCUGCAUUCUUCAAUUUCUGAUUUGUUCAUUUGCAUUCCCAUUCCCAGUUCCCAGGUGAUGUCAUGCUUUUAUCUUGGAGAUGUAACAUGAGUUCAGUCAAGCUGUAAAAAUGUGCCUGAUUUCUGAGUUUAGAGAGAGAGAGAGAGAGAGAGAGAAGAGAGAAAUUUGUUUAGUACCUCCAUGGAGUGGACGACCAGAGAGGUGUGCCACAGCCUCUGCAGUGGGAGCAAGUGAAAGCACACAGGUAAUUUUAAUUCACUGUAAAUUUGUGUGCAUAAUGUCUCGGUACCUAUGCACAUCACAUUCUUGCACUGAGCAUAAAAGAUGUGUUUUUUUCACCAUUGUCAUGGUACGAUCUUUGGAAAAGUAGGAGUCCUGUUUUAAGUAGGGCAGUUAGAGUGUGAUCACACUAGUGGGCAGUACCAUUCAGGAUACAGCUCUAGUUUAGUUGUGUACGUGGGAGACAGAAAACCAGUGGCAGAAAGCGUCACUUCUUUAGAGGUGGAAAGAACUUCGAGGACUAGACCUAAACUCUGCCAGUUCUACUGUGGUCCUGUAUGCCCAAGAUGGGGACAAUGGACAUCUCUAGCAUACUGCUGUGUUUGUCUCUUAUGGGAUGGAUAAGAAUGGUAAGUGUGCUUUUUCUCAUUUUCAAAAGGUUAAAAUCCAGGACCCAUUCUUGUCCUACAUGCACAAUUUCCAGAGCUCAUGUGGUGAGCAGCACACAUGCGGAGUGUUCAAUCAUACAUCACCUGCAGAAACAAGAGAAUGAGUGCAUGCUAGAGAUGAAUAAACACAGAGGACAGCAUCCUUCCUCAUCCAAUAGGACUGCAGGCUGUGCAAUAGAGUGGGACGGAGUUAGCUGCUGGCUGUGGGCUCUUGUCGGGGAGACCGUCUCCGUCUCCUGCCCCCUCCCUCUGCAGCACCACAAUCUCCCACACGUCCUCAUCUGGAGGAACUGCACCAGUCAGGGCUGGAGCAGACCCAGCGUGUCCUACUACAGAGCCUGCUUUCACGACGAGAGCAGCAUCCAAGAGGACGACACAGCAGACCAGCAGGAGUACUUUGCCCUGGUGAAGCUGAUGUACUCUGUUGGGUAUGGAGUGUCUUUGGGCUCGCUGUGUGUGGCUGUGCUCAUCUUCCUCACCUUCAGGAGACUCCUGUGCACUCGCACCUACAUCCACCUGAACCUGUUCUCCACCUUCAUCCUGCGUGGAGUGGCUGUGUUUGUGAAGGAUGCAGUUCUGUUUGAGGACAAGACACUGGACCACUGUACUGUCUCCACGGUGGGGUGCAAGGCGGCGGUGACAUUCUUCCAGUACUGUGUCCUGGCCAACUUCUUCUGGCUGCUUGUGGAAGGCUUGUUUCUACAGACCCUCCUGAUCUUCUCUUUUGCCAACAAGAGAACAUUCUUCUGGUGGUAUACCUUCAUAGGAUGGGGAAUGCCCUCAGUAACAAUUGUGAUUUGGACCUUGCUUCAAAGUCAGUACAACAAUUUGGGGUGCUGGGAUGAUUUGGACAGCGCCCUCUGGUGGAUCAUUAAAACACCCAUCCUGAUAUCUGUGUUUGUGAACUUCAUAGUGUUUGUGAACAUCAGUAGGAUCAUAGUGAUGAAGACCAAGACACCUGACUCUUCUGGGGGAGACAAGCCGCUCUGCAGGCGACUCGCAAAAUCGACGCUGCUGCUGAUCCCAUUGUUUGGUGUGCACUACAUCGUGUUCGCCCUUUUUCCCGAGCAUGUGGGGAUAAAGGCUCGGUUUCUCUUUGAACUUGUUCUUGGCUCUUUCCAGGGCUUCAUUGUGGCACUGUUAUACUGCUUCCUGAAUGCUGAGGUACAAAAUGAAAUAAGAAAGGCGGUCAGCAGGUGUCGGACACAGACUGAGGGCAACAACUUCAACAUGGUGGUGACUCAAGACUUCACAGCCUGAGCCAGAGAUGUCAUGUGGUGAUGCACAUCUCAAGUACAACCAUAAGUAGUUUAGCAAAAACACUUGUUGGACAGGGUCUGGUUCAGGGUCAUCAUGUCUGAAGCUGAAAAUACUUAAAAUAACUUAAAAUGUAUUUGACUGUUAUUGAUGUUCAAAGCGCAACUCUAUUUAUUGGUAAGUGUCUUUACACAAGUGUAGUUAUUAUGACGGCCGCGCAAGCAAAGCACACACCCACACACAUACUCAUGCACAUGCACACACACAGGCACCCACACACUCAC